AUAGGAAUGUGCAAUUGACUUUGAGGCGAGUCUUGUUGCCAAGUUCGACGAACUAGUGGAUUUGAUCCAAAGGCGUAAAGAAGACCUCAUACAGCAGGUGACACGGGAGAAAGAGUUUAAGAUGAAGAUGGUGAAGAACCACAUGACUCAGUGUUCGGCCAAACUGCGGCAGACAACAGGGUUACUAGAGUUCUGCAUUGAAGUCAUGAAGGAACCAGAUGCUGCUGCCUUUCUCUUGUUUUCUGGCACACUAAAUCAACGAAUUGGCAACAUUGAAGCAUCAUGGGACAAAGAGAUGAUACUACAUGGCCGAGUGACCCCAGAAUUUGACCUCACUCUAGACAGUGAACCGGCAGUUCAAGCACUGGCGAUGCUAAACUUUAAAGAAAUGAAAGCAUCUCUAGUUCCACCUCCCCCAAGAUACAAGAAGGUACCAGAUUCCCCGAUCGUAAUUACUGAAGAGUGCAGUGUAGAAAAUAAUAGCGUUACAAUUGCCUGGCAGCCACAUCCUUCCAGCUGGGUCGAAGGUUAUGUGUUGGAAAUUGAUGAUGGCAAAAGUGGUGAAUUCAGGGAAGUUUACUGUGGUAAAGAGACCAUCUGUACUGUUGACGGACUGCAUUUUGACAGCACAUACAAUGCACGUAUCAAGGCCUACAACCACGCAGGAGAGGGAGAUUACAGUGAAACAAUCUGCCUACAGACUGCUGAAGUUGCAUGGUUUCAACUUGACCCCAGGACAACCCAUGCUGACAUCAUAUUCUCCAAUGAUAACAUGACAGUGACCUGUAGUAGCUAUGAUGACCGUGUAGUCAUGGGCAAUGUAGGCUUCUCCAAAGGUGUGCAUUACUGGGAGAUAACAAUCGAUCGAUAUGACAACCAUCCCGACCCAGCAUUUGGUGUUGCUCGCUAUGACACCACUAAGGAAUCGAUGCUCGGAAAAGAUGAUAAAUCCUGGUCAAUGUAUAUAGAUAACAAUCGCAGCUGGUUCAUACACAAAAAUGUUCAUUCUGAUCGUGCCGAGGGUGGUAUAUGUGUGGGCUCGGUGAUUGGCGUUUUGUUGGAUCUCAACAGGAGGACGUUAACCUUCUUUGUGAAUGAUCAGCGGCAGGGACCAAUAGCUUUUAGGGAUUUACAAGGCGUAUUUUUUCCAGCCAUAAGUUUAAAUCGCAAUGUGCAAGUAACUGUCCACUCAGGAUUAGAACUCCCUCCCGAUCUCGAUACAUAUUGAGUUUUUUUUUUAUGUUUCUUUAAAAAAAAAAAAAUAUUUGACUUAACUUGUCAUUCCAAAUUACAAUCUGUGAGAGCAGUGCUUCUAAAAAUAGUUUAUAACUAACAUGUUGAAAACUGUUUGGUUGUUUAUCAUAAGACAUCACCAUGGCUCCAGUGUUGAUGUGGUUUUUUAAAUCCUCCUCUGUGUUAUGCUAACGGCUUAAUAUUAAGGCCGGCUUAUAGAAUAGAUAGAAUUAUCGAUUAAUCUUCAAAUUUGAGUGCCAUAAAUAUAAAGGACAAAGCCUUGCUGUUUGUUAUGAGAGCAUAUAUGGUAUUUUUUCCACAUGUAAUAUUUUGCUAGGCUGCUAAAUAAAGAUUGGAAAAUUAAAUUACCGGUAUUACUGUGUUCAUUUAAUGUUUAUAAAAAUUUAAAAAUUGUCUUAAUUAUGUAGUUUUAUUUCUUGUAUAUAUUUUCUGAUACUUUUUAAGUGAGAGCAAGAAUUGUACUGUGUUUCAUAAUGUAAAUUCUAUUUACUUUGUUAUUAUGUAAUAAUUACUACAAAUAGUACCGAUCUUGUGUAGAAAUAAAAAUAAUAUUUGAUAUUUUAUUUUCUUUGUAUAUAAAACAAUACUUAAUUCUCAAAUGUUUGGGAGAGUAUGAAAUUUGAUCAACAUAUUUACAAUGUAAAUAUUGUAUAUUUAGACAGUAUAAUUUCUUUUAUUUAUAUAUUUAAUUAAUACCAUACUUCUACAUUUCAUUAAUCAAAAUUUAUUAUUGCUGUAAUAUUUUAAAAUAAUUGAUACUGUGUAUGUUGGAGGCUGCUAUAUAAAUCCAACAACUUAAACCAUUUUUUGGAAAAUAAAAUUUUGCUUUUUCCCCCCUAAAAUAUCUUACCAUAUUAUAUCACAUUUACAGCUUAUUGUUAUUGUUGCUAUUAUUAAUAAUAUAAUUAUUAUAAUUAUUAUUGGUAUUAGUGAUUAUUUUUUGUACUACUAUUAUUAUUUUCAUUAUACUAUAUGUUAUAUUACUUUCAAAUUAUGCUUUAUUUUUUCCAAUUUUAGAAUCUUGUUAUGUUAACAUGUUCUAUUACAUUCAUAUUUAAUUAGUUUCAAAUUAAUUAGAAAUUAAUUAUUAAAAUAUGCUAUAAAUGUGAAAUGGUCUGCUAAUAAAGUCGUGUAAAAAUAUUAUUAGUUUAUUACCCAAUCUACGCUGGAAAAAAAGAUGAGUUAGGGAGGCUUGUUUGCUGGUACCUUGAUUUUCAAAGUAAAACACGAUUGAGGUAAUACAAACAAUAUCUACUAACUAAUAUAUAAUUUUAAAAAUGGAGGGGAAAAAAAAAUUUUUUUUUCAAAAAAAAAAAGUUUUUCUUCAGAAAUAUUUUUUUUCAGUACCAUAGAAGACAUGCAUGCAAGGGUGAUAAACUAAUAAACAUUUUUAUUUGGCCUAAGCUCUAUGUCUAAUAAUGCACAAAAUAGUUAACCUAUUAUUUGAAAUUAUUUGCUAUUCAGUAUUACAAUAUUAACUAAAAACACUUUUCCAUUUUAAAUAUUUCAACAAGAUUGCAAUGAUUUUAGAAUGGAAGAAAAUACUAUCGGAGAUUGAGAAUAUAAAAUAAUAGAAAUUUGCGUAAAAUGAAAAGAUUUAUUUUAUGAAAACCAUUAUUAAUUAAUAUUAUUGAAAUAAUGUAUUUUGAUUAUGAUUGCCAUAAAAUUUUCCACAAACAAGUGGACAUUCUUGAUUACAUUUUUAAUGCGCAUUGAACUCUUGUAAUAUGUUAAGUGGAAUGUUAACGACUGGACAAGAUGAGACAUAGGUAUUAGUCAUUGAUGCUCUAUCAGCUAACAUACGUAGUUGUAACUGAUCUGAGAAAUUUUUCAACACACGUGUUGUCUCAAAAACGUACGUGUUUGCGUAUGUUUCAACACUGUCGUUUUGUGGUACUUUAGCUACAAUCUCCAAGGGGUGGGGCUUUAGUGGAAAGGUCCGUUAAAGAAACUUGAAAAUUCCGAAAGAGGAAAUCAUUAUAACAAAAUGGUAGAUCUGUAAAUUUUUAAGUGUCAUAAGGGAUGUGUGUUUGUUAUUGCUGUGCUGAUCGUGUUUGCUAUUAAAAUGUCACAAGUACUGAAAGCAAAAAAAAAAA